CGAUGCUCGCUGCCCACAUCGAAGCUCAAUCAUCAUCUAUCAACAGCACAGACUUUUCAUGCUCAACAGAUUCGCCUGCCUCAUGCCAAUCAUAUGUCACUUACUUAGCACAGUCAGGAUUCAUGGACCUGGUAAACAUAUCUACUUUGUUUGGGGUCAAUCGCUCGAUGAUUGCAAAAGCCAGUAACUUAGUUUCUGAGGAUCACUCAUUAUUUCCAAACCAACUCAUGCUGGUACCUAUAACCUGUGGUUGCACUGGAAACGAAUAUUUUGCCAAUAUCACUUAUCAGAUCAAGAAAGGUGAUAACUACUACUUGGUUUCAAUCACUGCAUUCGAAAACCUCACCAAAUGGCAAGUUGUGAAAGAUAUGAAUCCCAGUCUGAAUCCAAACCUCUUGCAGAUAGGUGAAAAUGUGACCUUUCCCUUGUUCUGUCAGUGCCCUUCAAAGACUCAAUCGGAGAAAGGAAUUGAAUAUCUAAUUACUUAUGUAUGGCAGCCUACUGAUGAUGUUAGGCAUGUAGCUGCUAAGCUAAAUGCAUCACCGUCUGAUAUUGAAACCGAAAAUAAGUACAGAAAUUUCAGUGAUGCUGUUUAUCAUCCAGUGUUGAUUCCUGUGUCACAACUGCCAAUUCUCUCUCAAUCUUAUCCUUCUCCAAGAAGAAAAGAAUUCAAACAAUAUUUGAUCGUGGAUAUAAGCAUUGGAGGUGCUUUUUUGCUUUUAUUGUUAGCAGCUUGGGUGGUUUACACUCAUGGUUUUUACAAGAAAAGAAUAAGGGCAUUCACCCGCAAUGGUUCCUCUUUGGAGACAUCCGAUUUGAUUUCAGUGAAGGGAUUUGCUAAAAGUGAAAGUUUCGGGCCAAAGAUAAUACAAGACAAGCUGCUUCCAGGGGUUUCAGGCUAUCUGAGCAAGCCAAUCGUAUAUGAGAUUAAAGUGAUUAUGGAGGCCACCAUGAACCUCAGUGAGCACUACAGGAUUGGACGAUCAGUCUACAGGGCAACCAUUAAUGGGAAGGUCUUAGCUGUGAAGGACAUCAAGGAAAAUGCCACAGAGGAACUAAGCAUUCUACAGAGAGUAAACCAUGCUAAUCUGGUGAAAUUAGUGGGUGUUUCAUCAGAUUUUGAGGGAAAUCGCUUAUUGGUUUAUGAAUACGCUGAAAAUGGGUCGUUGAAUAAGUGGCUGCACCCCAAAUCUGCAGCUUUUCUCACUUGGAGCCAGAGGUUAUAUAUAGCACUUGAUGUCGCCAACGGCCUGCAAUACUUGCAUGAACAUAUUCAACCCAGCAUCGUUCACAGGGAUAUCAGAACAAAAAACAUACUUUUAGACUCCAGGUUUAAGGCCAAGAUAGCAAAUUUCUCACUGGCCACCCUAGCCACAAAUGAUGUGACGCCAAAAGUUGAUGUGUUUGCUUUUGGGGUCGUUCUGUUAGAGUUGCUUUCUGGGAGGAAAGCUAUGAGGACCAAGGAAAAUGGUGAAACUGCUAUGCUGUGGAAGGAGAUACCUGAGGUCUUGAAAACUGAAGAAAAGAGAGAGGAGAGACUGAGAAAUUGGAUGGACCCCAACUUGGAGAGCUUCUACCCUAUUGAUGGUGCUAUGAAUUUGGCAACAUUUGCGCGGGCGUGCACUAUAGAGAAGCCUUUGUCAAGGCCAAGUAUGGGAGAAAUAGUCUUUGGCCUCUCUGUUCUGGCUCACUCUUCUGAGACAUUAGAAAGGUCUUGCACUUCUGGGUUUGAAGCCGAAGAAGUUCUUCAGGAUAUUAGUCCAAUCAAAGCACGAUAAAAAAAUAAAAUCAUUUAUAUAAAUAAAUUGUUCAAACUUAUCCGUGAUAGUUUGUGAUUAGAUGAUAUGAUUGUUUU